AUGCUGAGUCCCUUUGAUUCUUUGUCAGCCAUGGGAAGACACAUGGGUGACAAUGACAUUUUCAUUGCUCUCGUGACUAGCAAAUUCGAUUUCCACACAUAUAAAGAUUGGCAGAAGCAUCUGGGGAGCAGUAAAGCUUCUGCUAGGAAAACCCCGAUCAAUCCGGACCAAAGGAGCAAAUCUAAUAAGUCCGUUGUAGUACAUCAAACUGAAGCUCAUUCUUCUGAAACAAAUACACCUAAUAAGCAUAACACAUCGAUGCAUAAAGAUGAGUUUGAUUCUCACAAGGGCAAACCUAAUAAUGAAAAGAAUAACGAGAAUCCUGAUCCUAAAAACAAGUCAUGUCUUAAUGUCGGUAUUGCUUCUGAAGUGAACUUUCCCAGAGAACCCAGAGUCCUUCUUGCCACUGCAGUGGUAUACAUUGUUGAUUCUAAUGGUUCGAGUCCCAAAAGUCGCAGUACCAACAUCUCGUUGUCUGGUAUAAGAGAUCAAACUAUAAAUGUAAAACAGUCAGUUCAAUUCAAAAUUCAACCUCAUUUUGAAUCCAAUUUAAGUUUGGAAGUUGAAGCUUUGGUAGUGCCUUGGAUCACUUCUUAUAAACCUCCAGUUUGUCGUGAGUUUUGGUCGAUUGAAGAGCCCAUAUCUAAACCCACGUUAAGUCCUCAGGAAUCUCAAUGUGAAGAGCAUUUCUCUAACACUCAUUCCAGGCAACCUGAUGGCCCGUAUAUGGUCCGUUUGCCCUUCAAAGCUUCGGCAGACGACCUCAAAGCUGCUAAUAAGUUCUGGCAUCAGGCUGCAUUGUCUAUGCUCAAGCAGCUAGAGCAACGAUUCCUCAGAGACCCUGAAUUGUAUAAGGCUUUUAACCAGUUCAUGACUGAGUACUCAGCCUUGGGGCAUAUGAGGAAAGGUCAUGAACUUAAUCGUGCUCAAUAUUUUUUAUCCCAUCAUGGUGUUUAUAAAACUAACAGUGAAACUUUAAAAUUAAGAGUUGUAUUUAAUGGAUCAUUCAAAAAUCGUGAAGGCCAUUCAUUGAAUUUCGUUUUGCAUUUAGGCCCCAAUUUAUUACAUAAUUUGUUUGAGAUUAUUCUUAAAUGGAGAUUUUAUAGUUUUGUAUUCACUACUGAUGUGGAGAAAAUGUUCAGACAGAUAAUGGUUUACCCUGAGGAUCAGAUCUUUCAGGCUAUUCUUUGGCGCUCACAACCAUCUGAUCCAGUAAAAACUUAUUUACUCACUACAGUCACUUAUGGCCUGGUCAGCUCGCCAUAUUUGGCUACUCGUGUUCUUCGACAGCUGGCAAUGGAUAGUAUUCAUUCACAUUUAAGAGCCGCCAAAAUUAUCUCAGAAGAGUUCUAUGUUGACGAUUGUCUCUCUGGCGCUCACUCUCUUUUGAAAGCACAGCAAAAGGGCGCUGAACUUCUAGAUUUACCUCAAUCAGGCAGUUUUCCUCUAAGAAAAUGGUCUUCUAACUCAGCGGAAGUACUCUCAAAGAUCCCUGAUAAGUUUAAAAUUAGCAAGCCCAAAGAAUUCAAAGACUAUGAUCAAACGUCCCUGUGGCUGCUUAAAGUAUCAUGGGAUCAACCCUUGCCACCACCAAUAGUCUCUAAAUGGAUUAGUUGGUUGGACCAAUUACCCCAGUUGAAUCAAAUUACAAUACCUCGCUGGAAUUUCUUUUCGCCUGAUUUCGAUUUCUUUGAAAUUCAUGGUUCUGCAGAUGCAUCUAAGUCAGCUUAUGCUGCAGUUGUAUACGUUCGUAUUGUCAAGAAUCAAGGGAUUGAUGUAACUCUUCAAUUAGCUAAAACCGAAGUAAGCCCAAUUAAGACUUUGAGUAUUCCACGGUUGGAACUUUGCGCUGCUCAGCUUCUUGCAAAAAUAAUUAGACAUUUCUCAGAUUGCUGUCCUGUCAAGGAAGCGCCUGUCCACCUAUGGACCAACUCUUUAAAUGUAUUACAUUGGCUAAAUGCUCUGCCUUCUAAGUGGCCUACCUUUAUUGCCAACAGAUGCUCUAAUAUUUACGAGCUAGUACGUAAAGCUGAAUGGCAUCAUAUAAGGUCUAAGCAAAACCCAGCUGAUAUCGCCUCGCAGGGAAUUUAUCCGAGUCAAAUGAGUGCACAGCGUUUAUGGUUUUCUGGCCCAGAUAUACUACACGAGUUCCAACCCGAAUACCCAAAGCUCAAAAUUGACCUCCUUGAAGAUACUUCACAUGUAAAUAUAUUAGUUAAGGAUAAAGGUUUAGAUACCUUUGUCAAUGGAUUGUAUGGACCUUUAUUCAACCUAUCAAUCGAGGAAUUAGAAAAUGCUGCACUCUUGUUAGUCUACACACAUCAGAAACGUUGGUUUUCUGCCGAUUUAGCUGUUCUUCGUAGAAACCAAGGGCUAAGAACUGAUGAAUUAGACAAGCUUUCAUCAAGUAGUCGUUUGCAUAAACUAACGCCUGUUAUCAUCGAUGAUCUUCUUCGAGUCGGUGGAAGGCUUAGUAACUCUCUUUUAGAUGCAAAUGCUAAACAUCCCUUGAUCUUCUAUGGCUACGACUGUAUCACUCAAAUGUUGAUUGACUAUUAUCAUCGCAAGGCAUUACAUGGAGGUGUUGAGAUGAUUCUUGUGUCUCUUAGGCAAAAAUAUUGGAUUUUGCGAGAUCGUGAAGUAGUGCGUGCCGAACUUAGUCACUGUUUCACCUGUAAAAGGUACAAGGGCCGGACUCAGACUCAAUUGAUGAGCGAUCUUCCAAAUUGUCGAGUAACUCCUAGUCCGCCCUUUCAGAAGACUGGAGUUGAUUAUGCCGGACCUUUUCCAAUUUGGUUGUCUAAGAGUCGAGGAAAAGGUACUCUCAAGGGAUAUGUGGUCGUGUUUAUAUGUAUGGCCACCAAAGCAGUACAUCUGGAAGUGGCUGAGGACUACUCGACUGAGGCAUUCAUUGCAGCGUUUCAUCGCCUUGUGUCUCGUCGAGGGCAGUGUACUGAUCUUUAUAGUGAUCAGGGCACGAACUUUGUAGGUGCUGACCACGAAUUAAAAAGAAUGUGGACAGCUCGGUGUCAUUCAUCUGAUUUUGCCGAUAGUCUGUUGUCUUCUGGCACUGAGUGGUAUUUUAAUCCUCCAGCUGCCCCUCACUUCGGUGGUAUUUGGGAAUCUGCCGUAAAAUCAGCGAAGUUCCAUUUGAAGCGAGUCGUUGGUGAUCAGAUUUUGACGUUUGUCGAGUUCUCGACCUUUCUGUGUCGUAUAGAAUCAUGCCUUGAUUCGCGGCCACUGUGCCCUCUGACCGAUGAUCCUGAGGACCUUUAUGCUCUCACUCCUGCCCACUUAUUAAUCCUUAGACCGUCCUAUGUUUUGCCCCAACUAGAUUUGACCUCUGAAAAAAUAUCUCCAUUACACAGGUGGAAGCUUGUUACACAGACUGUCCAGGAUUUUUGGAGGCGGUGGUUCUCAGAGUACCUCAGCACUCUUCAGGCACGAUCUAAGUGGCUUACGCCCCAAAGAUCCAUGCACAUAGGGGAUUUAGUCCUUAUUAAGAAUGAGUUGACUCCACCUGGCAAGUUGCCUCUGGGUCGUAUAAUUGAAAUUUUUAAAGAUCAGAGGUCCCUAGUCAGGGUCGUAAAGGUCAAAACGUCCAGUACUGUUCUGACUAGACCGAUCCAUAAAUUAAUAUUGUUAAGGACAAACUCUGAAAUUGAAGCUAUUAAUUCGGAUUAA